AUGCCCUUUACAGCACCCUUCAUGCUCGUCCCCAUUAUCCCCAACCUGCCCUUCUUCUACGUGCUGUACCGUGCAUGGUCGCAUUGGAAAGCUCUAUCCGGUUCGAAACAUCUCGAAUUUCUGCUCAAGCACGGGCUGCCGAAACCGAGGGCAAACUGGAAUUUAGACGAGGUCUACACGGCUGGACUCAUGUACCCUACGCGGGCUUUAUCUAGAGCAGCGCCCCGGCCCACACCAGAACAAGCCGACCAAGUGGCCUCGGUCGUUCACAAGCAGACCAACAACGAGAAGGAAGACGUCAUGGUGCUGCAACGGUGGAAUGGCAAACUCAUUGCAGAGCAAUUCGAGCUACCGGAGAUGGAGGUCGAGAUUGAGCGGGCAGUCGAACAGGUCGAGACGAGUAUCAAAGGGCAGGAGAAGUUGAGGGAGGACAAGUGGGAGCAGGAGAGAGCGGCUGGGAGGGAUAACAAGAGGGCCAAGGACAAUCUGCCAGAGCAUAUUGUCGAGAGAAUACAUGAUGGGGCCGAGGAUAUUGCCGAGGAGGCUGCGGAGAAGAAGAAACAGGCUGCCAGAGUAUGA